AUGUUUGCCAGACGUGCAAGAUUGCUGUCAUGGCUAGUCGAUGUUGCCAGUUUGGCCUUUUGUGUGUCUAUGAUCUGGAUCUUCGUUGCCUAUGUCUAUCUCGAUCUUCCUUACUACCGCAGCGAGAUCCUUGAGCUUCCUCUUGCAGAAAAGCUGUCUCUUUGGUCGUCGCUUCUUUUCUUCAAGCCGCUUCCAGAAUCACUCCGUGGGCCUUGCCAGUAUCUGCCUAACCAGGAAUGGAUAAGACUGGUGAAGAUACACAAUGCGUCCGACGGAGGCGUGACUUUCACCCUUGAAAAGUUUCUUCUAAGAGAUGUUCCUCCCUAUCGUGCAUUGUCGUAUACCUGGGGGCCUGCCGAAGGGGUGCCCGAGGAUCGAGACACCGUCUGGCUUCCACUUCUCGUCAAUGGACGUACACGCAACUUGCCCAAGAAUCUCGUGCGUGCACUGAUUCAAUUUCGGGACCUCAAAUUCGAUGGCUACUUUUGGAUUGAUGCACUUUGCAUUGAUCAGCUCGACAUCAAAAAACGAAGCGCUCAGGUCAGCAUCAUGGACAAGAUCUAUCAGCGAGCAGAAGUCGUAGAUGUAUGGCUCGGUAGAUCAUACCCAGACACGGAUAAAGUCAACGAUAUCCUUCGUGAGCUUCUCCGCUUACAUGAACAGUACCAUGGAACUAGGAAAUUCUCUAAUGGGCCCAUAUGGACAGACGGUUCUCAUAUAUUGCCAGAAGUGGACUGGGAAACUCUUGUUCAGAUACUAUCCAGACGCUUAUUCCACCGCGUUUGGACUUUACAGGAAUUUGCCCUAGGCACCAAGGUUAAUGUCUGGUGCGGCCCACACAUCAUUGAUCUACGACUUUUGCAAAAGAGUGCAUAA